GUUAUAUUCAUGAGGCUUGGUUGUUGUGGGGUUAACGAAUACCUCAAUAAUGGGGUGUUUUUGUAGCAAGCUGUGAAUAGAGGCUUUUUUUCUAGUCUCCAUGAAGAAAGAGGGAAGAAAAGAGAAUCCGUAAAAGAGUAUUCACGUCUUUUUAAUGUCUUCUUUUGUGAAUGCGAAGUGGGUACACAACGGAUAGACUUUUGCAUAGAAAAGCGCUCUCUAAAAGCGCGGCGGACUUUGGACGGCUCCGUUGAACAUAAAAUCUGUCGUCUGCAAAAGAUCCCGUUUCGUGGCCCCGCUCGCUUGGUAGUGGAGUUAUUCGAGCAGCGAGUGCGGAAAGUUGUACGCACGGGAUCGCCCAGUUAGGAAUUUGGCCGUAAAAGGCCUGAAGUAGGAAUAAACGGAUUUCGGGGGAAAAGGCAGCGGAAUUUCCCGAAUUUCUUCGUCUGCUCGACCUGAUUUCGUCCCUUUGGAACUUUUUGGAAUAGCACAGUAUUUUGUUUUGAGGGAUUAAAACCAUGGCAAACAACGGCGAGGCAGAUGAUAUGGAGCCGAAUGCCGCUAGUCGAAUAGCGGCAAGGAGAAGGGAACGCGCCGCUGCAUCGGGGUCGGGUGAAGGAGGCGAGGAGGGGGCUGCUGGAGGAGCGAGCGGAGGAAGGCCGGAGAGAAAGAAGAGAGAAAAGAAAGCAGGAGGAGCAGGAGGAGGAGGAGCGAAGGGUGGAAAGGGAGGAAGGUUCGGCAAGAAGAGAGAAAAACGUAGAGGAACGGGUAUCGUGGUUUUAGAUGAUGAGGAAGGAGGAGAUGAAGGAGAAAAACAAGAAGCAAAUGGAAACGGUGCUAGUCAUAACGGAAACGAUCACGGGGUAAGCUAUUAUGAUCUUUCAUUGUACACGUAUAAAUGUUUAAUUAAUUUGGUUAAAAACAAACUUGACGUUACAUUGAGAAUGUAUUCUCAGUAUGGUAAGCUUUGGUUCCUGAAGUCCUGUAUUAGGCUGCUGUCCACUAUAGAUCUACAAAAUUUGUCUUGCAAACAAAAUCAUUUGUCAGGCUGAUCCUCAAAGCUUGGGUCUUUGGUCUUGCAUGCAGAACUUCAGGCUAGUGAACCUUCAGUCGACUGGAAAAGAAUUUAAAACUAUCAUCAUUGGUUGAAUAGUUAAUAUAUUUUUCUCCUACAGUAAGUGCAGUUCCUUUAACUUUCAUUUGCCAUAAACCUCACAGAUCUGAAUUUGGAGUAGUUUUUUAAAUAAAAAAGAAUGAAAGAAAGAGAGGGUUAAUAACAGAGGAUGAAGGA